AUGACGUCCAGCCUUUUAGCGACAUUUGUGAAGCCACUCAACACUAGACAUAAGCCUAAAAAGACGCCGCAUUUUCGCCGUUCCGCCGGCUCCUUCGGGCUUCCUUGUCGGGGAAAUGUGGGGCUGCGGGGCGGGGAGGGGCGCGGUCCAUUAUCCCGUAGUGAGGGCAGCAGCAAAGACGUUAGUCCGGCUCUCUGCAUCGGCGACUUUAUGACGUUAUCUCUAACAGGUUCCGUCGCCGAGAUGGGGCCCGUAGUGGCGAAAGCACGGGAUCCUCUGUUG